AUGCUCAAAGCAGCAGCAAUACAAGCUCGUCCAUAUUUCAACAGGGUCCUACUUACUCGUUCAUUUUCGACAACCAAUAUUCGGUCUGACUUUCACUUCGACACACAUCAGUUCGUACAACGGCUAGAACGCGAGGGUUUGAAUCGAGCGCAAGCUGAGGGUAUUAUGUCUGCUAUGGCUGAAGUCAUCGACGAAAGCAUUAGAAAUAUGACUAGUAACAUGGUGACCAAGGCUGAUCAGGAAAAGCAUCAUUAUACACAACAGGUUGACUUUGCACAAGCAAAAUCGGAACUUCAACUCAUGGAGAAGAACGACCUUGCGAUGAUCAAGGCAGAGAAUGACCGGCUUGUUAACGAUAUUGAGAAACUAAAACAGCGGCUCAGAGAAGAGAUCACUCGUACUCAGGCAGGAGUACGUCUGGAUCUCAAUCUAGAAAAAGGAAGAUAUAGAGACGAGAGCAGCGGGAAGGAGCUGAAACUGAAAGAAGUAGAAUACAAGAUAGAACAGGAAAUUGCUGGGUUAAGAACGGCGAUUCAGGCUUCCAAGGCGACCACCUUGCAAUAUCUCGUUGGAAUUGUAACUGGAUGUUCCGCUUUGCUGAUGGCCUAUCUGCGGUUUCGCGCAUGA